AUGCAUAACUCAGACAUGAUCUGCUUUGUUGCAGGGAGUUUCUUAUGGUUCCCCCAAGUGAGAGGUGAGGAAGGCUGCCUCAACACUGAACUCUGCUCAGGUACAGAGUGGGACCGUCUGUGGUAUAUCUGGCUGGUACUGGUGGUCGGGGGGCUCCUGCUCUUGUGUGGGUUGAUCUCUGUGUGCGUGAAAUGCUGCUUCCAGUGCCAUCAGACAGGGGAUGAGUCGAGCCCUCAGCCCUACGAGGUCACCGUCAUCGCCUUUGACCACGACAGCACCCUCCAGAGCACCAUCACCUCUCUCCACUCGGUGUUCGGACCUGCUGCCAGGAGGAUAUUGGCCGUGGCACACUCCCACAACGCUGCCCAGGGAACACCUCCCCUGUCAGCCUCAGACACCCCUCCAGUGUACGAAGAAGCUCUGCACAUGAGCAGGUUCACAGUCGCCAAGGCGGGGCAGAAGGUGCCAGACCUGGAUCCAGUGCCGGAGGAAAAACUGCAGGCACCUGCCGAGGGCAAGGAUGCCCAGCCAGCCCUCCCAGGACACUGAUGUCUGGUUUUACUGGAUAGCAAAUAAUACAGGAUAGUUGCAUGCAUAGACUAAUUCAGGUGGGCAAGAUAUUAAGAAUUUCAGAUUAACUUCCUUGGUCAAUUGAGAAGGGGGAUGAGGGGGGAAGCAACUAAAAUUCCAAAUAUUUUUAGCUCUAGCAUAGUCUUAUGGCUCUUUUUGACACCUCCUUCAGAUAAUUUGCAUUCUCCAAGCCCAUACAUUACACGAACACAACACUACAAUCACAUUUUGCACAAAUAAGCAGGCAGCAGGAUCAAGAUGCUGAGCCAUUUUGUAGGCUAGUGAUCUGCGGGGUGGCUGCAGAUGCACUCUCAUUCCUCUUGCUUUUAGCCCAAGUUUCCUCAGGAUGGCAGAGAGGUCUUCAAAACAGAAAAAAAUAAAAAAGAAAAUAAAUACAUUUGCAAAGGUUUAUUACGACCCAGUAUUAGCACCAAACUUCUGGAAAUUGGCAACCAUUUAUAGUAAAUUUAAAAAAAAUAAAGUAAUGGAAACAAACUGUAUGUAAAUGAAAGACAGCAUACAUACAGACUGUAUGUA